AAUUAAAUCUCAUAGAAAGUUCUACCAAAAGUUUAUCUUUCUUUUUUGCAAAUACAAUAAACCCUCAAUUUAACAGACUUUGGAUUAAUAAUGGACAAAAAGUUCCGUCCAAUGGGAAAAAUUUAAAACCUUUUUAUUUGCAAAUAGAAUAAUAGGCAUUUAAAGGUUGGAUUAAAGAGUGAAUAUAGUAAUAUAAUAGUAAUAAUAUAGUGUACUCAGUGUACACUAUAUUAUUAUUUUAUUUGCACUUUGACAUCAUAAUAACAUUUAACAUAUCUUGCACAUUUUAAGUUUGUUAUUGAUAUACAUUUUUAAAACACAUAUGAUGUAACAGACUUUUGGCAAUGGUGGAUCCCCUUUUUCCAAUUAGUCCAUUAAAUCAAGGGUUUACUGUAAUUUACAAAUAAAGUUCUUUCUUGUGUUAGGGUUAUGUGUUGCUAGAUGUAAAAUUUAAAACAGAAAUCCAGUUUUCUUAAUUUUUCAUAUUUAAUUUUCUUUAUCACAGUAUGUGCUUGUUACCAUCUAGGUAUAUGGAACCAAAACAGUGUUGGACUAAGGAGAUUGUUGAAUUAUUGGAAUUAUUGCAAAACUUUGGUAAGGCUGACAAGACAAUAGAUGAGAUGUUUGAUAGAUAUGUUGAUAAUUUUAUUAAACAACAGAAUAUAGCUCUGAAACUGCAAAAAGAAUUAAGAAAUUAUAUUAUUUGUGUAAAAGCCAUGCAAGUUGCUAGUAAAAGUUUAAUGGAAACAAUCAGUGAAGUUUAUGAAGAUAAAUGGAUCAAUAGUGAUCAGAUACCAGUUAAAUGCCAAAUAUUAGAAACACUCUGGGAAGAUUAUUGUCAAAAAAUCAAUGAAGCUGUUGCAGCACCAUUGAAUUCGUAUUUGAAUCAAUUUCCUGAUAUGAAGGUAGGUAAAAAUUUACUAAAAUAAAAUUUAAAAUGAUUUUAAAUAGUGUUUUUUAAUUAUUACACUAAAUACUCUACCUUCAAUUUUUUGGCAUGUUUUUACUGAACUAGUAAUUUCAAUUUCUAUAAAGGAUCAUCUUUAGGUUUCUCAAGUUAUAUAACUGUUAUAUAAUUGUUACAGAAUGAAUUUAUCAGAGAAAGAUUAACUUUAAUAAUUGAAAUUUAACUUUAAUUUUACUUAAAUUGAAAUAGCAUACACUUCCUGCAUAUAGACAUUCCCUUAAGGAAUGGAGAAGUGUAUACCAAUACUUUUAGAAAACUAACAUUUCACCCAUUGUAUACAUCUGUUAUUUUGAAUGAUCCUUGGACAUACAAAACUGCCACAUUCAAAACCCUCAUAAAAAGAGUCUUUACACAUUGUAUAAAUAUACAAGAUACACUAAAAGAAUUAGAGUAUAUCAAGAAAAUAGCUUUAAACCUUGAGUAUAAGAAAAAAGUUAUAAAUAAUUUGAUUCAAGCACACUCAAAAGAGAAGGAAAAAACCAAGGAAGGAUAAUAAUAAACAAUGGAAAGUAAUCAUUUAUAGUAAUUGAGCAGAGCAUAAGUGGAGCUCUGCAUAAGUCAGAAAGUGUUUUGUCUAUGAUUAAAGUGUAAAGCAACCACAUGAUCAUUAAACAUGAUUUUUUGUAAAUAUGUACAACUUGGCAAGGCAUGAUAAAGGUAAAAUUUGUAAUUGAAUCUAUGGGCUGAGCUAUUUGGUCAUGCACUACAUGCCAAUCAAGUUUCCAAUUGCUGUCAAUUUAUAUUAAUCUCUACAACAAUUUUUUAUUUUGAUCUUUACAACAGACAUUUAAGAUACAUGGCUUGCAGCCAAACAUGUGCAUGUUUUAACCAGUUGCUGGAGUUAGUAGGUUGCAGGCUGCAUAUAUAGUUGUUUUAAAUAAUUCUUAAAUUUUUACUGGUUAUGACAUUAGACAUACACAUCCUUUCUUGGAACAUGCAUGUUUUGAACUGCUUUAGACAGAAUGUUAGAAGCAUGUCACCACAUCUGUGUUUUGGGUGAAGCCAAAACAGGAAAACUUACACUGCAGAGCUCAGUUUCAUUUUCCUAGUAAGUACCUUGUAAUCUUAUGCAAAUACAUAAAAAAUAGCUAAUGUAGGCAAUUUUAAUAUUGUAUGCAAAUGCAACUCCAUGAUAUAUAACAUUAAAAAAUGAUAAAAAGAUCAAAAUAGUAUUCCAGGAAUGUACAGUGUGUGUGUUACAUAUUGCCCCAGGUGUUCCUACCACCAUCCCUUGCUGUACCUGUAUCUGUGUACCAGCAAGUCCAUUGUACUUGAAUGCACCACCAUCUAUACAUAUCUUAAAAUACCUACAGGAUGUUUAUGGACAUCUUGACAGUGCCUUCCUUGAGCAAGAGGGGACACCAUAAAAACCUGU